UUUCCGCUGGAGCUCGUGAAGUGAAUUUUUUCUAUGUACGCCAUUCAGACACAAUUUUUAGUUGUGGGCACUUGCCGCGAAUCGUAGCCCAUGCCGCUAAGGUGGUGGGGGCAUUGACAUUCCUCCUAUCCAGCGGCGUACCUAGCCGGCUUGUUGCGUCAUCACCUGCCCAGCCAUGGCGUGCAUCUUCCUGCGAACCAAACACGCGACCACAUCACCCCUCAAUUCCCUACUCGGCGUCUCCGCGUCCUCUACAAAUCGAAUGAAGACCGCAUUUCCGCAGACGAUUUCUCGAAGUAUCUGGCACCGAGCGCUGCCGACAACCGCAAGGCACCCCAACACAACUGACGCAUUCAUCCGUCGACUGCACCUCCCAAGCAAUAGCUUCCAAGCCCAGCCCCGUCAGGCUCUCAACAGAUUCUCCACGAUCCCACAUCUCGGAAUGUCCGACGCAGACUACGCGGCGUUCCUGGACAAGGCCAACCAGGACCCCAACGAGGGCUAUGUCAAGUCGACAGGCAACAAGAGCACUGAGUUCAAGGCGCAGGACCAGGGUAUUGAGGUGCCCAAGGCGAUCGAGGAGGUGCUGAAGCAGGACAAGGUGUACGUUUCUGACGCGGACGAGCCAUUCGUCGGCGUCGCGCUGGCGUGGGAUGAGGCUGGCAAGGGUCUGCCUGAUGAAGUCGAAUUUGCGCAACUGAUCGAACACCCGGACCCUGAGAACGCGGGCGUGGAGCUCCAGGACCCCGUGGACUGGGACUCGAAUGGAGACUAUAAGGACAUCAUCGAAGCGGUGCGCAAGGCGGGCAAGGGCAACGACGUCAGGGUCUACCAGGUGCCCAAGGGCGGCGCCAGGACGGAGUACUGGCUUGUCACAACGGAUGGGAAGGGAAAGAACGCAAAACUUGUCGGCGUCAAGGCGCUGUCUGUGGAAAGCUGAUACCCUCGAAGAGCGAAGAGAUCAAAAGAAUGUCGGGGAAUGGAAGCAGGGAUCAAGAGGUCAACGUGGUCCACUCACAUCACGUUGCAGGCCAACUCGAACCUCAUUUACUGUAGCAUUCUUACUUUGAAAAAGAGAGCAAUGCCGCGGGUAGUACAACUCAAAUCACGCAACGUACUCCUAGUCGCACCAAGUAUCGUCUUAGCCGUUGCUUCCUACCAUCUGGCUACUUGUUCAGGCCGAGGGUCUAGACCAGAUUGGUGGAACAAUGGGCAGACGGUGGGGGCAUUGUGUGUCACUGACGCAGCGGAGGUGCCACUAACGGCAACGCCUGCCUCUCGCCUUAUCGAGGCGCAACGGCAGUGAACUUCCGCUUAUCGGACCCUGCUUGGCUUGCAACCCCUCCAAGACCGGAGCUAAAUAAAUCGGUUACACACUCUCUGGAU